AUGACACAUUUAAAACAUAAGCUCAAUGUGAAACUAUUUAAUCAAACUGUAAAAACAACAGGAAAAGGAUGUGUGGCAACAUUAGCUGCAUGUUCUUCAUAUUCUUAUACAGAUGAUGGAACAUCUUGUAAUUCAUGGUAUGGAUCAGAUGGUAGAUGUAAACCUGGAACAGCUGGAAAGUGUGCAGCUAGAGUUUGUACUGAAGCUUUAACAUCAUUAACUACAAACAAAUAAUGUGAUGAUUACAAGAGUGGAUGUGUAACCACUGGAGCUGGAUGUGUUUCAACAACUGUUUGCUAAGAUACUGAACAUCUAAUUUGUGGAUGGAAUUCAAUCUGUGUUUCAAAGACUAGUUGUGGUUAAUUAUUGACCAAAUCUAUUUGUGAAAGUGUCAAGAUAAACAAUAAGCCAUGUAAAUGGGAUACAAGCACAUGCAGAAGUGCAAGAUGUGAUGAUUUUACAGCCACAGAUGAUAAUACUUGCAAUACCUUACUUGAAAAUUGUGUUACUAAUGGUACGAAAUGUGUUGAUGGUACUAAUUGUGCUGCUUAAUUUAAAGGAACAUAAUAAGCAUGCUAAGCCUUUAAAGCCAAAUGUACUAACGAUACUAAUGCAGCUGCAACUGUUGCCUGUAAAGCAAGAACAUGUGAUGAUUCAUAUCUCACUUACGAUAAUGAUCAAGAUUGUGGUUGUGUGACAAAGGGAUCUGGUUGUAUUAUUGACACAGCUGUAUGUUCAAGUUAUUCUGGUACUCCAGAACAAUGUGAUAAAUUUAAAGGAAAUAAGACUACUAGAUGUUGGAAUACCAGUGCUUCUGGUGCUUGUGUUGAUAAAUAAUGUACAUAGGCUACUAGCAUGGGAGAUGACACAGCAUGUGAAUCAUUUUUAACAGGAUGUUUAUAUGAUGGCAAUGGAAGUUGUGUAGCUAAAAGUGCUGCAUGCACAGCUUAUACAGGUACUGCCAUUACUUGCUUAAACUUUAAAGGAAGCAAUUAAGCUAAUCCAUGCUUCCAAGGUGUUGGAGGAAAGUGCAGAAAUAAAACAUGUGGUGACGAUACAACUAGUACAAGUGAUGGAGAUUGCAAUACAUUUUUACCAGAUUGUGUUACUAAGGGAACUGGAUGUAUUGAAAAGACCUCUUUAUGCCCUGCAUAUCAAGGAACAACUGAUAAAUGUUUAACAUUUACUGGAAAAUCAGGAGCUGAUAAAUGCACAAGAUUUGGAAGCCUGUGUAUCAAAAGCUACGACCUGCGCUUCAAAAACAGGAAUAGCUGGAAAUGA